AUGUUGUUAUGGUUCUUUGGUCAACAUAAAGGCGUGUGUUCAAUGAAUAUAGGUGGAAAACAGCUAGAACAGAUUAGAAAACAUAUAACAUUUCCAACAAUUUGUGAUGAUUUUAUUGAAUUAGCACCUAUUAAUAUAAAUGGACAAAAUGAAACUGAUGAAACUGAAUGUCAAUAUUGGCAAUGUAAUAAUACUUAUACACGUUGUGAUGGAUUCUGGAAUUGUUUCAAUGGAGCUGAUGAAGUUGAUUGUUAUUCAUCACUAUUAUUAAAAUGUUCAUCUCAUCAUCACAUUUGUGUUUCACCUCAGACAUAUCAACUUACAUGUUUACCUAUCGAAAAAGCCAAUGAUGGCAAAAUUGAUUGUGUUGGUGCUACUGAUGAACCAAAAUUAUGUUGA